AUGGAUGCGGCAGUUGAGAGGGGAGCUGACGGACACUUAUAUAUCUUCAAGGGCGACAAGUUUUGGCGUUACGAUGGUUAUAAGAAAAGCGUUGAUCCUGGUUACCCCAAGCUUAUUCGGUCUGUACUUCCGGGUUUACAGAAAAACAUACACGCUGCUCUUCAGUGGAAAAAUGGCAAGACGUUCUUUUUCAAGGGGGAACAAUAUUACGUACUAGAUGACUCGUCCUGGCGCAUUCGGCAAGGUUUUCCAAAAUCGAUCUCAACCUACUGGAUGGGUUGCUCACCAGAGGGAUUAGCGUCGGGAAGAAUUUUACCACAUGGCUCG